AUGCGACCCACACCAUCAAUAUUCAUCAUUGCUCAUCUGUUGAUCACUUGUUCUUUUGCCCUAGUAUUAUUGGUUCAAACCACCACACCAAAUGAGAACCCGUUUGGAAUUUCAUUGCAAUUUCAAGAAGUAAGAGAUGAACUCGACAACGACAAGUACUAUCAUCAAGGAAGAAUUAUUUUCAACAAUGCACCAGUCGAAGAUCCAGACGAGCUUCGCAAAAUAUUUAUCACCAAGGCACCACCUCCUCAUGUGACAGCAGAUUUCGAAGCAAGAAGUGUGGAGUGUUCAACAGUCAUUGGCCAUUUGGGCUCGUCCAUUUUCGACACAAAGACAACCCACGGAUAUGCUCAAUGCAGAAAAUUAAUGGAAUGCAUGGUCACGUAUUGCAAACAAGAUUUGCACGUCUUGAUUGGUUUUCUGAAUCAGGAAACGUUGGUGCUGGACAUUCCGAAUGGAAAAUCUCCAAUCAAUGUUGCCUUCGAAAAGAUUGAGAACUUCCUUUCAAAGAGUUUUCCAAAUUACAAGAGUGAAAAUGAUUUAAUUCUUCUCUCAUGUCGACAAGGUGAUGGAGACGGUAUGAAUCAAAACAAGCCAAUUCUAGCAGCAAAUGGAAAUGUUUACAAAAAUCAAUGUGUGGCAGCAAUGGAAAAUGCUCCUCAACCUUUUACGGAAUUAAGUCUCGAGAGGAGUCCACCCUAUUUGCAACAACCCAACUUGGACUCCAAUAGAAUUCCAAGCAGGAGAAUUCUAUUAAGACAUUACCUGCAGAUUGCUGUUAAAGUGGUGAAAUUCCUCUCAAACUAUUUGAAGGAUCAAUGUUUGUUCAGUACAGACGUGAGAGUGUUGCAAAUGGCUGAACAUCAUUUGGAAUUGGCUCUUCAAGAAUUAUUGUCGUAUCCUGUAGAUGUCAUGCAAGACUCUUCAUCGACAUCCAAUUCAAGAAGGGUGGUUAUUCCAAUUCAGGACUUGGAUUUGAGUCGUGAGGUUAUUCAGCAGUUGAAAGAUAUUUUGUUGAAGGUUGUUAAAAUGUUGGUGUGA